AUGCGGAACCUCGCAUCGGCCGCGGCAUCCGUCGCUUCCUGGCGAACUUUGGCCCUGGUCUUGGCCCUCCUCAAUCUUAAAAAUCUCCCGUUCAUCUGGCAUUUCCGCAUAUUGUACCACUUCCUCGGCAAUCUGCGCUUGAAGCCCAGUGCUCCAUUCUUCCCCAAGGGAAAAGCUAUCGUCGAUGCCCAAGGAAAUCCGACACAUCCGGUUUUUGUGCCAUGCACCGUCACAUCACGAACUCCAUUGCUGGAGACCGAUUAUAACCUACACAAGUCCAACAGCACGUACUUCACCGACCUGGACGUGGCGCGUACAGCGCUUGUGAGCCGUCUCUAUAGCCCCGGCGUUGGUCUUGUUAGCAAGGAAUUGGACAAGGAGUUUCUCGCUGCGAGCAAGAAGGAAGGAAAGAAGGCCCCAAGACGGAUGCCGAUUAUGAUUGUCCUCGGCUCUGUUUACUGCAGCUAUAAGCGCGAGAUCAAGCCGUUUGAGCUGUAUGAGAUGCAGUCCAAGGUUAUCGCAUGGGAUCAGAAAUGGAUGUACAUCCUCACGGCAUUCCUGCGACCGUCCAAGAAAGCUGGUGGAGAGAAGACACUUUUGGCCACCGCCGUGAGCAAGUAUGUGGUGAAGAAAGGUCGACUGACCGUGGCACCGGAGCGAAUUCUGCGUCUUGGUGGUUUCCUUCCUGCUCGGCCUGCGGAGAUUGAGACCCCAAAUGCACCGGUGGAUUUGUCGGUGGAAGCCUCUGCUAUUGGUACACCUGCUAGCGGGGAGGGGAUUGCGGUCGCUGCUGGAGGUGUGGAUGGCUCUUUGGUGCGAGAGGUUCUUCAGAUCAGCGAGGAUCAAAUCCAUGAUGGUGAGACCUUGGAGAAGGAGAAGAAGGCCAACUCGGAUUCUUGGAAUUCUGAGGAGUGGCCGUGGGAGCGGAUUGAGCAGGAGAGGCUCCGGGGUUUGCAAGUGGUAGAACCGUACAUCCACAUGGAUGGUAAAUUAGAGAACGAGGUAAAUGGUAAAUAG